CAAAUAUACCUGAUGAAUAUGUCUUUGAAACUACUAAUACUGUCUUUAAAACUACCACUACUGUCUUUAAAACCACUACCGCUUCUGAAACCACUACUGUCUCUGAAACCACUACUGUCUCUAAAACCACUACUACUUCUGAAACUACCACCACCUCUGAAACUACCAGCGCCUUUGAAACUACUGCUUCUGAAAUCACUACCACCACUGUAUCUAAAACUACUAUUACUCCUGAAGCUAUUACCUCUGAAACUGCUGUGAAACAGCGUAUUUUACAAAU